CAAGUUGAGUGGAGGUGAAUUGUCAUUCAUUAUUUGUCAAUUUCCAAAUAAUCGCUGUGAUGAAGUGAUUCAUUCGUUUACGUUUUCAUUUCCUCAUAAAUUAGAGAUAUAUUUCAACUAAAUAAUUUUAUUUCUAUAAGCGUAUGUGUUCCUGAUUCAGGCACAUAAUCUAUUCACCUUCUGAUUGAAAAGAAUUUCAGGUUAAAAACGACUACGCUCGCCCGGCGGAAGUGAAAUAGUGUUUUAGUUUUAGUAAAAAAUCAUUUUCCUACAUAAAAAUGCCUGCUUAUCAUUCGACGUUGACUGACUACACCCAAUCCGUUGGUAAUCUUGCUCUGUUGCCAAUACGCACUUCGUUCAGAGGCCCGGCGCCCAUGAGCCCGAAGAUUGAAUUGGAUAUUAUCGACGAAGCUCUCAACUAUUUUAAAGCAAAUGUUUUCUUUAGGUUUUAUGAGAUCAAGUCUGAUGCUGACAGAGUUCUCAUUUACCUGACUCUGUAUAUUUCUGAAUGUCUGAAACGGCUCCAGAAGUGCUCAAACAAGAACCAAGGACAACAGGAGAUGUAUAUGCUGGCCAUAUCUAAAUUUGACAUACCUGGCGAAUAUGGCUUUCCUUUAAACUCUGUGUAUGCCAAGCCCACUAGCCCACAGGAGUCUGAUUUGAUGAGACAGUAUUUGCAGCAGUUGAGACAUGAGACUGGUGCCAGAGUUUGUGAAAAGGUAUUUGCUACAGAAGAUGGCAAGCCCAGCAAGUGGUGGCUAUGCUUUGCCAAGAGGAAAUUCAUGGACAAGUCACUGUCUGGCCCUGGACAGUAACCAGUGUACACCAAAGUUAGCAUUUAUUUUAUACUCUGUAUUUCAUUUAUGAGAUUUUUAAAAUGUCAUUCCAAAAUGUACACACUUUAUGAUGGUGCAAUUAUAUCUGUAUUAAUUUUAUGUGCUACUUAAUUACACUUAAAAUAUUUGCCAGUAAGAAAUGUCUCUAUAAUCAUGAAGUAUUGUUUGUCUAAAACUCAAUUUAUAACAGAAUUUUAAUAUUGUAAGGACUAAUUGUAUUAUUUCAAGUUUUAGAGGAAUCAAUAAACUAUUUAGAAAUACUAAAAA